CAGCUGUGCUUCUCUCAUAUCGCCGGGUUCUCGUGCGUCGUCGUCGUCGUCUGCUCUUUGUAUCGUCUGCAGCAGUGUUUCUUUUUACGGCAUACGACGCCUUUGGAAAAAGGACGCGCCUCCUUACGCGUCGUAAACGUGGGUUUCGACGUCCUUCAUACAUUGCUGGAUAACAAACACAGUGUGUGUUGGUUUUAUUCACUCUGGUCGAUGGUGAUGGGAACAGGGGUUUCGUUGAGUGUUUGCCACCGAGUGACUCUGGUGUGAGCUGUCACCCACUUCGACACCCUUCGGUUGCUGUGGGGUGAAUCUCUGGAAAAAAUUCGUGAAGCCGGGAAGAAUAACUAAGACAGUAUGGAUAACGCUACAUCCAAUGGAAAGACUUCCACUGUGAAGCAACUAGUGCUCUCGCUUCCCGGAGGACUGCCGGCCAUGCCCGCUCGACGCCGGCGGGGGGUCGCCGGCAAUCGGGCGAGCGGAGCCGGUGUGGCAGGAGGCGGUGGAGGGAAGGCCAGUGGCGGCACGGCGUCCAGUCUCUGCUCCUGCUUCUCGUCGGGACCCGAAGAGCCUCCCGAGAUCACCUACCACGUGGUCGAGAACGGCGUGGUCACUCUGCCGCCGCCACCGCUGCUCACCCCGACUCACCCGAUGCCGGACGAGGCCGAGCUCAACGCCAAGUUCGCCGAGUUGGUGGACGAACUUGACCUCACGGCAGCAAAGAAGGAGGUCAUGUUCAACUUGCCAUCGGAAAAGAAGUGGCAGCUUUAUCUCAGCAAGAAAACGGAACAGCACGACACAACCUCAUCUCAUUUUCCGGACUACUACAUCGAACGAGUGAAUGCCAUGUCUAUGCUCCUGUUUCCCCGAGAAGAGGAGGAAGUCAACACACGUGCCAAACUUCUCGACAACCUCAAGACUGCACUACGGACUCAACCGAACAGCUUCGUGACGCGCUUUCUGGACCAGGAUGGCCUUAUCUGCCUUCUAAACUUCCUGGUCGGAAUGGACUACAACACGGCUCAAAGUCCGAUCCACACCUCUCUCAUUGGAUGCGUCAAGGCGCUCAUGAACAAUUCGAACGGCCGGGCCCACGUUCUGGCCCAUCCUACGGCCAUCAACACCAUAGCACAAAGCCUGAGCACGGAGAACAUCAAGACCAAGAUCGCUGUCCUAGAAAUCCUUGGCGCCAUGUGCCUCGUGCCCGGAGGCCACAGGAAAGUCCUAGAAGCCAUGCUGCACUUCCAGAAGCACGCGUACGAGCGCACGCGAUUCCAGACUGUGCUCAACGAUUUGGACAGGAGCACCGGCGUGUACAAGGACGACGUGAACCUGAAGACAGCUAUUAUGUCUUUUGUGAACGCCAUCUUGAACUACGGCCCGGGUCAGGAACACUUGGAGUUUCGGCUGCACCUGCGCUACGAGUUCCUCAUGCUCGGCAUCCAGCCCAUCAUUGAAAAGCUCCGGAGUCACGAGAACGCCACCCUGGACAGGCAUCUAGACAUCUUCGACAUGGUUCGGAUUGAAGACGAAAAGGAACUCGCGCGAAAGUUUGACAUGGCCCAUAUAGACACUAAGAGCUGUACAGCCAUGGUUGAAGCUAUCAAAAAGAAACUCUCCAUAACGCCGGCCUACCCGCACUUCUUGUCACUCCUUCAUCAUGCACUGCUCAUACCUUAUGUCGGAGGUUCUGCAGAGCAUUGGAUUCUGUUCGAUCGGAUCGUUCAGCAGAUCGUCGUUCAAGGCGAAAACGGAGAGAACUAUGAUAUCACCCCGAUUGAGAUCAACGUCAAGAAAAUACUCAAGGAGCUGGCCACUGAGGAGGAAUUGAGAAUCGCGAAGGAGAACGCCGAUAAGUUCGAGAAGGAGAACAUUGAACUGGCCACACAAAUCGUCAAAAAAGAACAAGAACUGGAGCAGAGUAUACAAGAAAAGGAAGACCUCCAGAGUGCGUUGGCAAAAGCAAAAGAUAAACUGGAACGAGAGACAGUGAGCCACCUGGAGGACAAGCAGAAAAUUGAAGAACUGGAGUACAGGAUAAGGGAGAUGACACAGAAACUGGACUCCGAGCGGCGGGAGAGGAGCUACGCCGAGCACUCGAUCAGGAAUGGCCUACCCGAGGACUCUCGCCUCUCCAUUCAUCGUGGUAGCCUGCCCCUGCAUUCAACAGGCUCGAUGAGCGCGCCACCGCCACCUCCACCACCGAUGCCGUUGAUGGGGGGACCACCACUUCCACCGCCACUUCCUGGCAUGGGCAUGGCACCGCCACCCCCACCAUGUCCUCCCCCUUCGACAAGGACACCAAGGAUCAAGAACAUUCCUCAGCCAACAAACCCGCUCAAGUCUUUCAACUGGUGCAAAUUGCCCGAGGCCAGGGUUGACGGCACCGUAUGGACUGAGCUAGACGACACGAAGCUGUACAAGGACAUCGACCUCGCUGACAUCGACAGGACUUUCUCAGCAUACCAGAAGCAACAGGGGUGCGGGACCAACGGUUCGCUGGAGGACAUCCCUGCGUUGACGUGCCGAAGCCCUAGGGUCCGGGAGCUCUCGCUCAUCGAUGGCCGCCGGGCCCAGAACUGCACCAUCCUGCUCUCCAAGCUGAGACUCACAAAUGACGAGAUCUGUCGGGCCAUCCUCUCCAUGGACUCCAAAGACCAGUUGCCGAAGGACAUGGUGGAACAGCUACUCAAGUUCCUUCCAAGCCCUGAAGAGAAAGUUUUGUUGGAAGAACACAGCAGUGAGAUGGAAAGCAUGGCGAAGGCUGACAGAUUUCUCUACGAAAUCAGCAGAAUAAUUCAUUACGAACAGCGGUUGAAGACACUGUACUACAAGAAAAAGUUCCAAGAAAGAGUUUCAGACUGCAAACCCAAGAUCGUUGCUGUCCUGGAAGCGUCGAAGGAGGUACAACGAAGCAAACGGCUCAAGAAACUGUUGGAGGUCGUACUGGCAUUUGGCAACUACAUGAAUCGCGGUCAGCGGGGGAACGCAGUGGGCUUUAAGCUGUCCAGUCUCAACCACCUUGCCGACACCAAGUCCAGCACGAACAGGAACUACACCCUGCUUCACUACUUGAUUGAGACCCUCGAAAAGAAGUUCAAAGAUACGCUGAAACUGGAGGAAGAUAUUCCGCAUGUCAAGAGAGCGGCGAAAGUGAACCUGGGUGAGCUUGAGAGGGAGAUCAAAGAUCUCAAGACUGGCCUCAACGAAGUUCAGAAGGAACUCGACUUUCUGCGAGGACAACCGGCCCAGCCAGGAGACAAGUUUGUGCUCGUCAUGAAGGAGUUCAUCACCGGCGCCACGUACAAGUUUUCGGAACUGGAGGACAGUUUCCUCGACAUGAAGUCCAGGUACGAAAAGACUGCGCGGAGGUUCGGUGAGGACUCGGUGCAGAUGCCUCCCGACGAGUUCUUUAGCAUCUUCGACUCGUUCCUGGUCUCGUUCAACGAGGCCAAGAAUGACAAUGAGAACUUCAGGCGAAAGAAGGAGGACGAGGAGCGGCGCAGCAGGCAAGAGGCCGAGAAGCGAGAACGCAAGGAUGGAACUCUGCGGGGCCUGGCCGCACUCCGAGCCAAUGGUUCGGCAACGCUCAACGGCUCCAUCAACAGCCUCAAGGCCGGCGGACCGGCCGCACUGAACGGCACGACGAUGGCGGACAAGGGAGAGUUCGACGACCUCAUAUCGGCACUGCGCACGGGAGACGUGUUUGGCGACGAGUUCUCUAAAACGCGUCGCAACCGACGCCGUGGCAGCAGCCCGGCGGCCAACAAUGCCACCUCGGCAUUAGUCGAGAACGGACACCACGUUAUCGUCAACGGGUCUGCCCUGCACGACGCCUCACGGGAUCGCAUUGUGGCGCGGAAGCUAAAGUCAUGAGGCCUAGUCUAGCAGAGCUACGGUUUGCGCUGCUGGCUGUACAUAGAAAACGGGAAAUGCUAUGAACCAUAGGACAGUAGGCCAAGGACAGUGCUUAGUCAUUCUCUGUCCAGCUGUUUUACUAUCCUGAGGUUCCCCUGCUUCUCUUUUUCUGUGCACGUGAAGAACCGGCUCGCAUAUGAACUCCACUGCAGGCUGUACAUAACUACUCAUUGCAGCACGCUACUGUGAUGCCGAAGAACGCAAAGGAAAGAUGGCACACGUGCAGUGUCAGCGCAUUAAUUAGGUGAAAGUCAUCUGUCAGCAGGUGCUUGAGGCGAGAGGGAUUGUGUUUCAAUUCAAUUGAUAUGUAGACAAGACCUUCCAUGCCUAUUUAUGAUAUAAUGGUGCCGACAGAUAUCCCCAAUACUGUUUCAAAAGAGAGUAUUGAAAAACUCGUCUAUUGCUUUAUUUUACUUGACUCUGCCGCCUCAAGUAGCAGUUGACAUAUAAAUGUUUUUCCACGGUGCCAGGUGUAAGCAUAGUUAUCAGAACAGCCAUGCAGUUUUUCUCCGAUUUUGUUACUCCAAAGACAGCUUUUACUAUGAAUACAAAGAAGCAUGACACGUGUAAAAAAAUAAGCCGGGAGAAAAAUUCACCCAGCUUAUCAACCAACAUACGUUUAUCUAAUUGGCUCUUCAUCUGAACAAAAGCAACUUCGUCAUCGGUUAGUAAAAUUGAUGUUGCCAUGAUAAUACAACUGCUGCGGGUACUAGUAGGCUUUACUUAAUUUUCAAACACGUUGGGCAUCCCUCUAUAACUCCUAUCGGCACCAAAGUGGAAAGUUGUAAAGCCUGGGACAAUAUCUCUUUCUUUGAUAUCUUUUGAUUAGGGCUGGUAGCUGUGCUCUCACACGUAUUUUCCGUCGUGUGCCAUCUUGAGUGUUCUGUGCCGUAGUUGCAAUCAGUAGCUAGUCUAGCAGCUUGCCUGCCCCAUCUGUAAUUGCGUUUUGUUCAUAUGGGAUUUGAUUUCUUCGAGCGCAGCCAGAAACAAUGACAUCACACUUUGUAUCAUAACUACAGAAAUGUCUGUAAACACAACCAGCCCAUAACUGCGUCGGGUGGCUAAGAGACUUUGUACACCAAUUUUGUCCUCGUACGUUUUUUGUAUUUUGUUCAUGCAGAAUUGUUCACUGCAUUUGCCAUUUCUUUAAGAACCGAAGGCUGUGGCUAAAGUGGAGGUUUUCAUCAUAAGUACUCCAUUCCCUUAUUGCCUUGUGGUUGCUGCAUGGCUAAAUUAUUAUACCUCGUCAAUUCAUGUAUUGCCAGUGAUCUUCAAUUUGUUUCUAUACACAGAUUGUUCAGAAGUUUCAAAGAAAUAGUAGUGAAUUAGGGCUUAAUCAUUGUCAUAUCGUACAUAAGCUAGUAACUAAUUUUUUGGACACUUCGUUGACUUGCUCACAUAUGGUUGGAUUGGCACUGAGCAGAAGUUUGCUCCAAUCAUAGCCAGGUACAUUAGUCAACAAUGAUAUGUACAGCAUUGUAACUGAGGUAGGUGACCAUUCGGUGCCAUUUUUGUUUGUAGAUUAUGAACCACUGAGCCUAACAAAAUGUGUUGAAUAGAGGUGCUGCAGAGGUUUUUUACAUUUGAAAUUUGUUAGGACUGAGGUUAUUUUUUUGUCACAGUUGUGGUCAGUCACUGCCUCCCAAUAUUCAAUAUUUUAAUGCAUUGGUCUAGGUGAACUAGCACUGAUGCCAUAAAUAACACUUAUUUUAUUGCCAAACAGCAACUAAGUAGCAAUUAUGUUUCAAAGAACAAAUACGUUCCAGUAUUGUUCAGGAGUACGUAAGUUUAAACCUGAAGCGAGCUGGAUGACGUAAAUAUUCAGGACAUUCGUUACUGAGAGAUUCCUUGUCUAGCUGAGCGUGUUGUCGGGUGUACAAUGUCAAACAAAUAUGUCCAGAAGGACUGUCCUACCAAAAUGUUAUCUGUCAAAAUAACGGCAUCAUACUUACCGGAUAGUUAUUAUUUGGUCAAGCUAAUUAAUACCAAAUUUUUCAGAAGCAAAGCCUUCAGUUAUGCAUGCAGAGAUAAACACUCUGACUUUAAGCUGUCCCCAAAAGACUUUUGCUUAAGCUUUUAAAUAAUCGGUGGUGAAGUUCUUGUCAUUUUAGCACAGCCAACACAUUCUAGGUAAAAAUGGAUUGAAGUUACCAUGGAAUCUUAAAAGAGCUCGUACUUGUAGAAGCUGCACACUAAUAUUUGCCUACAAACUGCAGCGUACGAGACAGACAGGAUAAUACAGAUGACUUAAUCCAUAAUUACACUUGGCAGAUGUGUUUAGCAAGCAGAGUUUAAGGAGCAGUUCUUUAGUACUCAGCCAUUUUUCCACCGUGUAGUAGCUUGUAUAAUGCUUAAAAUUUAUUGACCUCGAAAUUUGUUUGGGGCCUGUGCUAAACUGUGACAAAAAUCACAUGAGAUUGUAUAAAAAGAUCAAGUUUCUGCUAAUGUUUUCCCAUCAGGCCCACGCACUUGUGAAGAAAGAAAUACAUUACACUUUUUUUGCGAAUUUCAAUAUAGAUAAGUGUAUUAGCCUAUAAGCAGUGAGACAAGAAAGCACGACACAUUACAAAAAAAAAACAUAUCUGAGGGGAAAGUGUCUGUCUAGCUAUUCUAUACACUUUCUGAAUCAUGCAUAUAAUUGUACGCCCAAGGGACCUUUGCUUCCCCCUUCUCCAAUUCUCGAGAGAUAUGAUCUACAGACUUCUGAAAUUCGUUCGUUGACAAUAGAAACUAUUCAUUUUCACCUAGAAAGUCUCUAAUGCUUGGUAUUUGUAGGGUGCCGACCUGAAGUAAUAACUGAGCUUGGUCGGUAACUCUCGCCUAUUAAUACUUUAUGUACUCGCAUUCAAAUUGAGAGAUAUAACAAAAUUUAAUGCAUGAAAGUUAACGAGCCAUUGUGCUUACUAAUUCAAAUGUGGUCUCCAAUUGUGAAGUACGUUAAUAUUAUUUUUUACUGUGUAAGAAAUGGUCACAACAAUUUCAUACAUAAAGUUAGCUCAUGUUUAUUAAGGUACUAAAGAUAAGUUCACUGAUAUGUCGGUGCGAUAAGAGUGUUUGUAAUUCAGAAAGUAAUCACCGAGGGUCGCCUUCUCUUAUUUAAACUGUGUCCUCUCAGGUUGUUUGCAGUGUUUUGCAACUUUUCUACAAGCAGUGUCUGAAAUGUUGUGGCACGUCAAUUGGAAGGUCGUUUGUUUUAACACUACUGAUGUACCGAACAUUCCUUGAGCACGGUGAUCGAAAAUGUGAUAACGAUGCUAGAUUGUAGAUUACAAAGAAAUAAUUUGAAGCUAAAUGCAUUUCACUGUCCAUACUCGUCAAAUUUGGGACGUAAUUUGAUAGGAUGUUAAAGCAUUCCCUGGUUUCGGGAUGUAUUUGUCGUGGACGUAGUGAUUUUUUUUGCUUAACACACAAACAUCGCAGUGUAGAAAAAGGUGGCCUAUAUAACUGAAUUUUUUAAUAACUGCCUUGUCGAUCCAUUUGGAUCAUUAGCACAGCUUUCAUAAAUUUCUGUGCUUUCACUUUUCCUCAUUACUGCUCUUAACAAGUAAUUGCAUUUAAUAAACAAGUAAAUCUCAACAUUUUAAUCCUUUCUUAUCGUUAUGCUCUUCGUUUUAACAAGUUCUAAUGCGUGUUUGGGAAGUUCCCUUUGUCAUUAACCAUUACUUCUUAGCUCUAAGCAUGGUCCACGUAACUACAAAACUGCUAAUUAUAUUCAAGCCAGCAUAACUUCUGCACAACUUUAAUUUCCCUGAAUGAAGCUCCAUGCGAAGUUCUGUAGCAGAGGCAUAUUCACAGUUUUGAACUGCUUCUCAAAAGUUUGUUAAGUACUGCAUAAGUGCGACAUCAAAUGAUGCUAAUAGGCUUGGCUUACAUGCAGAAAUACUACAACAAUUUUCUUACAUAUGUCUUUUUGUGCUUGACUUCCCCAAAAAGCUUAGUACUGUUUGAUUACCCAUGUUUAGGCUCUAGCAGUCUCUUGGCGUGCUGCGUGUUCCGACAAGAUAUCGAAAUCGAGGUAGUUUGGUCCACACACAAAAAGAGAACUGUGUUUUUUAAUUGAGUUGCGGUUCAUUUGCCAUUGCUCUCUGUACAUCACACAUACUCGCGAAAUGUAUUUGUCAGUUACCGCUGUGGGCUACAUAUAAAUAUAUACAUAACAUUUGUACAUAGGAUGGAUAAGCCAACUGUAAAUGAAUAUAGUGUGUGUUUGUUCUAUACAGUGUAAAUAGCUAUUACACCUUCUGCAGACUGCAUUGCAGAGCUCAUGUCCAAUAGAAAUGUGCUAUUGUGAAUGCCCUAAAUUUGUAGUCACGUAUUUCUGAAUUAUGUUUCUUUCUGAACCUUCAUUCAUCAGUAACAGUCAAUCAUUGUAACGAAAAUGCUUCUUAAUGUAACAUAUUAUGCAUGUCCUGCGAACUUUUGCUAAAUCUUCUGCGCUUUUUGAGGUUUCAUUGAAGAACCUCGCGCAACUGUUUUGUACUAGCUCAUCCGCGUGAGCUUUUUGUACUUUUAUAUUCCCUUGCUGUUGUGCUUGAAUAUCUGCUAUAUCUGCGUUUUAUUUUUCAUUUUUAUGCCUUGUCACAGAAAGUUUAGUUCCGAUGUCUAGUCGUCAGUUUGAAGUAUAUCAAUGCAAGUAUGGUUCAUCAUUUACAUAAGCGAAGUUCGAGUUAGCGUGUAAGACGCUCUCACUGUUUUCCUAAGUCAUAGUGGCUCUCUCCUUGCCCUUAACUGAAAAAUAUAUCGCAGUGUUUUGCCUGCAUCUGGCAACUCCGAACACACGCAGUGGAUUGCAAAAUAGGAGUGGGUUGCUAGCGACCCAAACGAUUCUCGCCUUAUAAGAAACGCUGGAACCCAGGCAAUCCUGGAGAGAUCACACAUUGCGUUGCAAGAUGCGAACGGGUUACUCGUAACUUACACGUAACCUUGAGUUGGCGAGCACGACAAUAGUUGUUUGGCGUCUUAACCGUCGUAUUGUCGCCGUGUUCGUCGUCGGGGAGCCCUGAAUAGAUGGUGGGUUGCUUGCGACGCAAGAACUGGGUUGCGAGAUGCACUUGGGAUGCUCGCGACUCACAACAGUGGGUUGCACGGGUUGUGCAAUGUUGCUCGUGUCAACGUAAGCACCUAAAUGAGUUUGCUCUAUUUUUGUUUGUAACAUGCCCCAGUGUUUAGCAAGCAGAUGUGUUCCCCUGGCUGAGAGUAUAGCGGUGCGUAAAAAAAAUGUUGAAUGUUGUGUGUGAGAAUUCCGAGUGUUUUUCUUCCUUGUUUUUCUUUGUGUAAAAUAAAUAUACUGAGAAAUCUAAACAAAA